UCUAUUGUCACUUCAUACCAUAAUUUUCAGAUCUGCUCAAACUCAAUCAUGGCAACAAUUAAAGUUCAUGGAACCCCCCUUUCACCAGCCGUCAUGCGAGUUACUGCUACCCUCUAUGAGAAGGAACUGGAAUUCGAGUUUGUUCACAUUGACAUGAAAAAUGGUGAACACAAAAAGGAACCCUUCAUUUCUCUUAAUCCAUUUGGUAAAGUUCCAGCUUUUGAAGAUGGGGAUCUGAAGCUGUUUGAAUCGAGGGCAAUCAGUCAAUAUAUUGCUCACGAGUAUGCUGAUAAGGGGACCGAAUUGAUAAGCAAUGAUUCCAAGAAGAUGGCAAUAAUAAGGUUGUGGUUGGAAGUAGAGAGCCAAAACUUCGAUCAACCAGCUUCAAAACUUUCGUGGGAGCUUCGAUUUAAGCCUAUGUUUGGGAUUCCUACGGAUCCAGCAGCUGUGGAAGAGAAUGAGGGGAAAUUAGGUACUGUUCUUGAUGUCUAUGAGAAAAGAUUGUCCGAGUCCAAAUACUUGGGUGGUGACUGCUUCUCUUUGGCGGAUCUGCAUCACAUUCCUCCCAUUCAUUCGUUGAUGAACACUGAAAGCAAGAAGCUGUUUGAAUCACGACCCCACGUGAGUGCAUGGGUGGCUGAUAUUACAGCAAGACCAGCUUGGUCUAAGGUCAUUGCCAUGAUAAAUAGAAAUGGUUACUUCGAGGGUGAAAAUGAUAACUCAAUUAAUUGGAGGGUUUUUGAGACAAAAAGAGAAUUUGCGCAUCCGGGGAAUCGAACCCCGGUCAGUACCGUGGGAGGGUACUAUGAUACCACUACACCAGAUGCGCUGGAUAUCACAGAAUUAAUAAGAGAAAGACUAUAA